AUGUCGAACUCGAAAAAGAUUGUUUUGAAGAGUUCCGAUGGCCAAAUGUUCGAGAUCGAAGAAGAGGUGGCUCUCCAAUCACAAACCAUAGCUCACAUGGUUGAAGACGGUUGCGUCGACGCAAUUCCUAUUUCCAACGUAAGCGGAGAGAUCCUAGCCAAAGUGAACGAGUAUUGCAAGAAACACGUCGAUGGUGGUGGUUCUGAAGAAGAACUCAAGAUUUGGGACCAAGAGUUCAUGAGAAACAUCAAUCAAUCGACGCUUUUCUAUCUCAUUCUAGCUGCUAAUUACUUAAACAUCAAAAGCCUUCUUGAUCUCACUUGCCAAACAGUUGCUGAUAUGAUCACAAGUAAAACUCCUGAUGAGAUUCGUACUAUCUUGGACAUCAAAAGCGAUUUCACACCCGAAGAAGAAGAAAAGAUUCGCCAAGAAAACCAAUGGGCUUUUGAAUGA